AUGUGCUGUUAUAUCCUUUGUGAUGGCUUUGUAUAUUUUAUACUUUUAUACUUUUAUACUUUUAUACUUUUAUACCUUUAUACCUUUAUACCUUUAUACCUUUAUACCUUUAUACCUUUAUACCUUUAUAACUUAUUCCUUUAUUACCUUAUUACCUUCUAUGUAUACUUUAUCCACUUAGUGUUUACUUAUUCUUAUAUAUUAUGUUUAUAUACUACCCACUAUUCUGUAUUAUCCCUAGACUCUAUGUAUAUCACUUAG